GUUGCAAGUGCAUUUAGCUUUGCAUUAUAUAAUAUUGCACAUCACCCAGAUGCCAAACAGAAGUUAUUAGAUGAGAUCAACUCAGUUUUUAAGGAUAAUCCAACUAGACAAAUAACAAUAGAUGAUCUUGAAAAAUUAAAGUAUUGCGAAGCGAUUAUUUUAGAGUCGUUAAGAAUACGAUCACCAACUGCCACUCUUACGAGAUAUAAUGGAGAACCUGAUGAAGUAGCGGGAUAUAAAUGGCCAUCCAAUACUUUAUUCACGUUGUAUAUUCCUGGAAUUAAUUAUAACCCUCUUUAUUGGAAAGAUGCUGAUAAAUUCAUUCCGGAAAGAUUCUUCAAACCUCAAGAGACUGAUAAGUUGUAUAGUUUUUUAUCUACAUCAUUUGGAGCAGGUUUAAGAAAUUGUCCGGGUAGAAAAAUUGCAAUGAAUGAAAUGAAAAUGUUAUUAACUUUAAUUUAUAGAAAGUUUGAUAUUGAACUUGUAAAUAUGAAGGCACCCCUUGAAAUUAUUCCGUCAGUAAUGGCUAUUUGCAAAAAAUUAGAUGCCAGAAUUAUUCCUAAAAGAGCUAAUUUAAAUUUUAACUGA